CUGGGAGGUGGGCAGGGGAAGCUGUGGCAGUGCCAGGACAACGGGGACCCCAGGUUGGUGGUGGGGAAAAAGUCUGAGGUCUGUGAUCCACCAUGUCCCAGCAUGGCCCAAGGGAGAAGACGGGAUCUGCAGGGAAUGGUGCUGUGUUGGGCUGCUCCCAGCAGCAAGGGAGACAGUGGGAACCCCUAUGCAGGGCUGGUGAGCCACCUGCGGGCAUCCUGGCUCUCUGGGAAGACGCGGCCCCUGGAAUACCGCGUGGCACAGCUGGAGGCUCUGGGACGCUUCCUGGAUGACAAGAAGCAGGAGAUCCUGGAAGCCACUGAACUGGAUAUGGGCAAG